ACUCCCUUCAUCUGCAGCAGGGGCGCAAAACCAGGUCUGCGAACCAAGGAAGAAGACGAUGAUUUGCAGGGCGCUAAUAAUACCUAAGCUAUUCCGGAGAACGGGGGGCGCCGGCACCGGAUCUCCCCCGCCUGGUUCUGCCACAGUGUAGUCCCCGCCAUUGUCUGUUUUUCUCUAGCUAGAAUCCUCGCGUGAGUACUAACAUAUGACACAGAAAAGCAACCGUUGACUGUGAUGCAAUCAAGUGAACCCAUACCUUGUGCCUCCGCUCAGCGCUACUCAUCGCUGCUCACUAUAUGCAUCCGGACCAAAGAUUUCAAGCUUGGAAGCCUAAUUCACUCCAGGUUAAUCAAGACUGCUCUUACCUUCAGCACCUUCCUCUCCAACCGCCUGAUAGACAUGUACUCCAAAUGCGGCUUCAUAGAAUCUUCCCAGAAGGUCUUCGAUGAACUCCCUAGCAAGAACCCCCACUCCUGGAACACAAUGAUCUCAGCGUGCUCUCAAACGGGUCGUAUUGAGAAUGCCCUCCAAUUGCUCGAUGAAAUGCCUGAUCCGAAUCUAGUAACCUAUAACUCAGUCAUUUCGGGCUUAGUUCGUCAUGGGCAUUUCCAAAAAACGAUCUUUUUGUUUCAGCUGAUUCAGGCGCGGUGUAAAAAUGAAGUCUUGAUGGAUGGGUUCACGGCUGUUAGUUUAGCGAACAUGUGUGGGUGUUUGGGUGCAUUGAAGCAGUUGUGUCAGCUACACGGAGCUGCUAUUGUGUUUGGUUUGGAAUCCAAUAUUGUUCUGUGCAAUGCCAUGAUUGGUGCUUAUGGGAAGUGUCAUCUUCCGGAGACCUCACAUUCCAUUUUCAGUCAAAUGUAUGAUAAGGAUGUUGUGUCCUGGACUUCAAUGCUAGUUACUUAUGUGCAAACUUCUAGAAUGGAGGAAGCUUGUCAGAUCUUCAAUGAAAUGCCGGUGAGAAAUGAAGUAUCUUGGUCUGCACUAAUUGGGGGUUUCGCAAGAAAUGGGGAGGGCCAGAAAGCUUUGUCUCUUUUCAGAGAAAUGCAAGAGGAAGGCUCCAUCCCUCCUAAUGCUUUUACUUGUGUUUCUCUUCUUAGUGCCUGUGCCAAUAUUGCUGUAUUAGAUCAAGGUAAACAGGUGCAUGGUCAAAUCAUCAGAAACUGGCAAUUAAACAAUGUCUACACUCUUAAUGCUCUCAUGGACAUGUAUUGCAAAUGUGGCGACAUGACAUCAGCAUUAACAUUGUUUGAGAUGUCCCCGGGAAAAGAUAAAGUGACCUGGAACUCACUGAUAUGUGGCCUCGCUCAAAACGGGCAUGGCGAGAAGUCACUGUCAAUAUUCAAGAGAAUGAUUGCAGGUAAUGUGAAACCGAACAGUGUCACUUUUCUAGGAGCACUAUCUGCGUGUAGCCAUUGUGGGCUACAGUCAGAAGGGUUUGAAAUUCUCAACUCGAUGGAAAGCGAGUAUGGUGUAAUUCCCAGUUUAGAUCAUUACUCAAUUAUGAUCGAUUUGCUCGGUCGCAAGAACAGACUAAUGGAAGCAACAGAGCUAAUUGAGAGAGGAGCAAACCACCACGUUGGAAUGUGGGGGGCGCUUCUGGGCGCUUGCCGCGUCCAUGGAAACUUGGAACUUUGUAAGAGGGCAGCAGAAGCUCUAUUCCAACUUGAACCUGAGAACACUGCUCGAUAUGUUAUGCUGUCCAACAUAUAUGCUGCUGCUGGAAUGUGGGAUAAUGCAGGCAAAAUAAGGAUGCACAUUGACGAUGGAAGGCUGCACAAAGACGCUGCCUAUAGCUGGAUUGAGAUAAACAAUGUCAGGCAUAAGUUUGUUGCUAAGGACCAUUCCUUUUCUAGAGCUGAUGAAAUUCAAGAAUUGCUACAUAAGCUUGCGGGUCAUUUGAAGGAUGUUGGGCAUAUACCCAAUUCCAUAGCCCCUUCUUGACUCUUUAGAUCAAAGAAUAUGAACUUUUACCAUUCAUUUUUAUAUUUUAUUAUUUACGGACUUACAGUAGGAAUUAUGACUAUUUUGUACAUAAGGUAUAUUUGUGUAUAUUGGAAUAUUACUAAAUCGGGCCAUCAAAUUGGGUGUAGGUAGCGC